AUGGCUUCCCACCGUCGCGUGAUUCUCGGCGGAAGAGGCGCCACGCUAGUGGCCAAGGAUGUCUUCGACAUUGCGGCGCGCGACUCGCACGUCGAGCUUGACGCCGCCGCCACAGACAAGCUUCAACGGGCAUCAGACCCGCUCCUUAAAGCCGCGAAACAAGCCACACCCUCAGCCCCUGCUGUACCGUCCACCGACUCCGCCGCGUCGCACCCGGAGAUACUGCGUCGCGAGCAAAUGCGCGCAGCGCUCGCCGUUCAGGCGCUGCAGCUGCUAGGAACGGCUGGGAUCGCGGCGUCAUUGCGGCCGUCCGUCCCGCAGUUCCUCGCGGAUCUGCUCAACGCGGGUGGCGAUCUCGCGCUUCCCGCGUCCAAAACAGACGCGCCCGUCGUGCAGGCCGUGCAAGACGCCUUGCUCGGUCAAGGAUCGGCCGCCACGUGGAACGAGCACGGCACGGCGUCCUUAUCGUCACUUGACGACGCGUUCAAAGCAGCCGUCGUGCCCGCGGCGAGCGGUAAAGCCGCGGAAGCGACCACGGGUCUCAAUUCCCCGUCCUUGUACGAGCACGAGGCGCCCGCCUUUCAGACAAGCACGGCGGCAUCGGUGGGCGUGGCGGCUGUAGCGGUGCACGCCGCGUCGUCGCUGGUGGCUGUAGCGGACGCGGUCGCGGCUUUCUCCUGCGAGGCGCUCCGAGCCAACGUGGCGGAAAUGCUGGACGCGGACACGACGGAGGGCUCGCACAAGGCGCAAGCGGAAGUGGCGGGCGACAUGCGCGCGCUUUUGGCAGGAUCGAAGUGCGUCAAUCCGCGCAAAGACGCAGCGAAUCUGCUCGCCGUGCGCGGCAUUCCGCAGUGCCACGGACCGCUCAGGGAGGCCGUUAAGACCGCCGCCAGCGCCGUGCGCGUCGAGCUCAACUGCGGCGGCGAGAGUGGUGCAGCUGGCGGCGCUGAAGGCGGAGGGAAGGGCAAGAGCGGCGCGGCGGCUGGUACGCGUCUGCAUGUGCCGUCGGUGCUGGUAGCGGGCCACGUCGCGUCGCUUCUCCGCGCGCUCUGUCCGCUCGGCGCCUGCAGCGUCCGCCGCAUCUCUGCAAUGGUCGCGGCGCUGUCGUCGUUGCAGCCGCCACCAGCAGCAGCGGCGCCAGAUGCGGUACCUGCCGACGCGGCCGUGCGCGCUGCUGACGGUGGAGCAGCCCCUACCGCGCCAGAGCACGCGGGAGGCGCGGCGGGUGAGGUGGCGUACGCGUUAGUGACGGCGCAGGAGACUGUCGAUGCUGCCAAGGUGACAGCGGGUGACGUAGCGCAGGCGGUCGCGGCGGCUGACCCGCUAGGCGCGGAAGAGGAAGGGGCAGCGGGCGCGGCGGGCGGGACGGCGGCUGGACGCGGGAGAGAGCGCGGGGCGCGGGAUGACGGCGUGCCCGCGCUGAUGGCGGCGCGCGCAGCGCUGGCGACGGUGGAGGCGCUGCGGAUGGUGCUGGCGCUGGAAGCCGUGGCGGCUCUGCGGCUGCUGCGCGCGCGCGAGGCGGCGCUGGCAGCGCGCACGGGGGGAGGGAAGGCUCCGAAAAAGGAAGACGCGAAGGCGGCGGACGGCGCAGCGGAGGGGCGGAAGGUGGGGAAAGAGAAGGAGGGCGGAAAGGACAAAAAGGGGAAGGGGGGCGGAGGCGGAGAGCUGGCGCUGGGGCGCGGAACGGCCGUGUUGGCGGCCUUCUUGGACGGGAUCGUGGGCACAGCGCAAGACAAGGCCGGGGGGGGCGGCAGUGCCGCGGGCGCGGAUGCGGGGGUUGUGGCGGUGGUGGGCGCGGUGGAGCGCGUGGCGGUGGCGCUGGACCCGCGCGGCGAUGAGGUGGCGCAGCUGGAAGGCGCGCUGCGAGGCGCCAUUGAAAGCAACGAGUCGAGGCGCGCGCCUAAGAUAGCCAAGGUGGGAAGGGGCACUGACUCUUCCUCGCCUCCCAAACGGCAACCCCACUCCCCCACUCCUUUCCCCCCCUCUCUCUCUCUCGGCUGCUGCCCUCCUCUUCCCGUUGCACACUGCCCAGUGCUCUCUGCCGCCGUCGGCAGUGCUCUCUUCCUCUUUUCCGACCCCGCUCCCCACCACCUUCCCCUUCACUUCCCACUUCCCGCUCCUCCCCUCUCCCCCCAUCCCCUCCCUCCGCGCGCCAUCCCCCAGGGCACGCGCGACUUCCUGCCGGACCAGAUGGCGAUCCGCGAGCGCGCGUUCGCGAUAAUCGCGGCGGUGUUCAAGCGGCACGGCGCGGUGGCGCUUGACACGCCCGUGUUCGAGCUGCGCGAGACGCUCAUGGGCAAGUACGGCGAGGACUCCAAGCUCAUCUACGACCUCGCCGACCAGGGCGGGGAGAUCCUGUCGCUGCGGUACGACCUGACGGUGCCGUUCGCGCGGUACCUGGCGAUGCACAGCGUGGGCAACAUCAAGCGCUACCACGUCGCGCGCGUCUACCGCCGCGACAACCCCCAGAUGAACCGCGGCCGGUACCGCGAGUUCUACCAGUGCGACUUUGACAUAGCGGGGCAGUACGCGCCCAUGGUGCCGGACGCCGAGGUCGUCAAGGUGCUCACGGAGCUGCUGGACGAGCUCGCCAUCGGGGACUAUGAGAUAAAGCUGAACCACCGCGGGCUGCUGGACGGCAUGCUGGCCAUCUGCGGCGUGCCGGGGUCCAAGUUCCGCGCCAUCUGCUCUGCUGUCGACAAGCUCGACAAGGAGCCCUGGGAGGCCGUGCGCACCGAAAUGAUAGAGGAGAAGGGGCUGCUCCCAGAGGUAGCAGACCGCAUAGGCGAUUUCGUCAAGCACAAGGGCGAGCCGCACCACCUGCUCGCCACACUCCAGGCGCCCGACUCGCCCUUCGCCGGCCACGCUGACUCGCAGGCGGCGCUCGCUGAGCUGGCGCUGCUGUUUGACUACCUGGCGGCCAUGGGCGGCGCAGUGCGGCGGGUGGUGUUUGACCUGUCGCUGGCGCGCGGGCUGGACUAUUACACGGGGGUCAUCUAUGAGGCCGUGCUCAAGGGCGGCAGCACUGUGGGGUCCAUAGCAGCGGGGGGGCGGUACGACAACCUGGUGGGCAUGUUCAGUGGCAAGCAGGUACCGGCGGUGGGUGUGAGCCUGGGCAUUGAGCGCGUGUUCACCAUCAUGGAGGAGCAGGAGAGGAAGAAGAACCAGCUCAUCCGAGCCACGGAGACGCAGGUGCUGGUGGCGAGCAUCGGGCCGGACCUGCUGCGCACGCGCAUGGAGAUCGCCUCCGCACUCUGGGCCGAGGGCGUGAAGGCCGAGUUUGUGCUUGCCGCCUCGCCCAACAUGCAGCGCCAGCUGGAGUUUGCCAACAAGGCAGGCAUCCCCUGGAUGGUCAUCUUUGGGUCUGCUGAGCUGGACAAGGGCACUGUGAAGGUGAAGGACUUGGAGCGCAGGGAGGAGGAGGAGGUGACUCGAGCCAGUCUCAUUUUGUACCUCAAGAGGAAGCUUGGCUUGGUGCAUGGCAGGGUGGAGGUUGUAGAUGGUGUUGUGGGUGAGGGUGCUGCUGCUGCGGCUGCUGCCGGUGCUGCUCCUGCGCAAUAG